UUCUCUCACAAAUGGCCGAACGCCAUACUUUUCACGUACAAAAUCAAACUUUCCAUUAUAUAUAUAUAUAUAUAUAUAUAUAUAUAUAUAUAUUUCCCCAAGUUUUCCAUAAUACAGAACAGAACAGAUACUCUCUUCUCCACCUCAGUUUCUGAUCUUCCAUUUUCAAAAGAAAAUUGGCAGUGAUGGAGGAGAAUAUGGGAAUUGGGGAAAAUAAUGGGCAGAAAGUGGAAGACGCAGAAAGCUUUAGCCUUCAAGAGAGGAACAAAGUUGAGCUGAUGAGAGCUGUUGUGCAGAAACAAGAUCCAUCUUCUCAGGAAGUUGACGAUUACGCAAUGAGAAGAUUUCUUCGUGCACGUGAUCUAGACAUUGAAAAAGCUUCUGCCAUGUUGUUAAAGUAUCUCAAAUGGAAGCGUACAUUUAUGCCAAAAGGUUGUAUUUCAACCUCAGAAAUACAAAAUGAAAUAGCCCAAAACAAGAUGUUUAUGCAAGGAGUGGAUAAACAAGGACGUCCCAUUGCGGUUGUUUAUGGUGGUAGACAUCUACAAAACAAAGGUGGACUCGAAGAAUUUAAACGUUAUGUAGCUUUUGGUUUGGACAAAUUAUGUGCAAGGACAUCACCUGGCAAGGAGAAGUUUGUUGUGAUUGGAGAUCUUGAAGGUUUUGGGUAUUCAAACAGUGAUGUCAGGGGAUAUCUUGCAUCUCUAUCUAUUCUACAGGAUUUCUAUCCAGAAAGAUUAGGAAAAUUGUUUGUUGUCCACGUGCCUUACCUGUUCUGGACAUUGUACAAAAUUGUGUGCCCUUUCAUUGACAACAAUACCAAGAAAAAGAUCAUAUUUGUAGAAAAUAAACGGCUGACGUCAACUUUGUUGGAAGAUAUUGAUGAGAGCCAGCUCCCAGAGAUCUAUGGAGGCAAACAACCCUUAGUCCCUAUCCACAAUGCCUAAUAAUAAAUCAGUAUUAAUUGUACUCUUUUAACUAUGGUUAAAUUUGGAAUUGGAUCUACUUAAGAAUACCGUAUUCUUAUUUCCAAGUAUUACUCCAUCUC